CGAUUACUUGCUAAGAAAAAUGCAGCUGAUAAGACUACGAUAAAACUGAUAAUAAAAUACAUUAUAUAAUAAAAGAAUGAAAAUGGCUCUUAAGUUUUGCAGUAACCUGUCCUUUAUGUUUCAAGAGGAAGCAAAGAUUAUUGACAGGUAUCAAUUGGCAAGAAAUGCUGGAUUUAAGGCCGUCGAAACUGGAUUUCCAUUAGGUUUCACCGUGCAGGAAGUUGUUGAUGCAAAGGAACUGGCAAAUGUCCAACAGGUUCUCAUUAAUGUAUAUACAGGUGAUACAACGAAAGGAGAACUUGGAUUCACUGCUGUUCCAGGAAAGGAAGAGGAAUUUAAAAGUAGCAUUGAACAGACAAUAAAAUAUGCAAAGGCCUUGGAUUGUAAUAAGAUUCACGUUAUGGCUGGAAAAGUAGAAAACCCAACACAUAAAAACGAUGCUGUUUAUGAAAGUAAUUUAAGAUAUGCUGCCAGCAGAUUUGAAACUGAAAAUAUUAUGGGACUUAUUGAACCAAUUAACGAUAUUACUGUUCCAAAUUAUUACAUGAAUAAUUUUCAAAAAGCCCUGAAUAUUAUACAAAAAAUCAAUAGCCCUCGUUUAAAGCUGCUUAUGGAUAUUUUCCAUUUGCAGCUCACUACUGGAAGAAUUACGAAUACGAUUGAACAAUAUCUUCCUUACAUUGGUCACAUCCAAGUAGCUCAAGUGCCUGAUAGAAAUGAACCAGACACUGUUGGCGAGAUAGAUUACAAAUAUGUAUUCUCUUUGCUGGAAAAACAUGGCUACAAUGAUUAUAUUGGCCUAGAAUACAAACCACGCACAAGCAGUUCAGAUGGACUCAUGUGGAUAAAAAGUUUUGGAUACAAUCUCUGAACUGUCAAUGCUGUUGCUUUGUAUACCAUUGUAAAUAAACAAAACAAUCGAAAGUCUCACUGAUAAAUAAAUAAAUAAACUUAACAGCAUUGUUAAUAAAUUUCAAGCACUUAUAAUAGAGUAUAAAAAUCUACUGCAAAAACUCUCCUUGAUUAUAAACAGAAGUUAUUAUCAGUAGGCGCGCGUGGCCAAAUAAAUUACCAGUUACCCUUUAAAAUAAAUAUUCUUCUGACAAACUAAUACUUAAAUAAAUAUUAGUUAACUGUUAUAUAAUACUUUGAUAGACUGGUAAAAAUAAAAAUUUUUUUGGUAA